AUGGCCAUGCUCGCCGUUGCCUUGCCUCUCCUUGCAACGCGUCCCGCCAGGGCAACGUUGACCGCAGGCGUUCAGUAUCCGCUCACCUGCGAUCCCAUCAACACUCGACUAGCUCCGGACACGAAUCAGCUGGUCAGCGACUGCGGAUAUGUAGCGUGGUGCGACGCAUCCAGCUUGGUGGAAGGGAGAGGCACGUGCAGGCCUAACGGGUGUAGAAGAGACACUUUCCCCUUUGGCUAUGGCAAUGGCACUACCAGGGAUGAUUGGCCCAGAAUGUGUCCACGGGGUCAGGUAUGUAUGCAUUACACUCAUAGCCGGCUAUCUCGGCGGGCGAGAACUCACGCCUACACCCUCGCACGUCGUCGUCGCAGUUCUGUCCAGACGAGAUGGCGAGAUGCUUGCCGCAGCAAGCAGCAGGCUCUGCCUGCCAACUCAAUCGUGACGGUGAGCGGGCCCAAUGUUGCCAUGCUCCAGAGCGAAGACUGGCGCUGAAUUUUUUUCGGCCUCGUCACCCUCUCAUAGACGAGUGUGCGCCCCCGUCGGCGGUGUCGCAAGGGUCGAGCAGUGUGUGCUUGCGAUACACGUGUCACCACAAGAACAUCACUUUGGGCAGGGAGUGCAUACACGACAAUACUCUGUACACCGUCUAUGUUUCUAGGCGACAAGACUAUGGGCUCAUCAUAAGCAGGUGGGUCUCGCGGAAGCUUCGCCAAUGCGAGGGCUACGACACGUUCAACGUGCAAUUGCAACGCUUCGUGAGACUGAUUCCAUGCAUCCUCGUAUGACCUCAUUAGGGACAAUUGCCAGAGCGGGCUUUUCUGUGAUGCUGGCUCUUCGCGAUGUCUGUCGCAGCAACCACUGGGCGCCGCAUGCUCCUCCGAUAAAGAAUGUCUCUCACUGACUUGCAGAGACCAGUCUUUUACGCCAACUUCCUCUUCACUUGGGAACACCAUCAACCUAAAAACAGGACGAUGCGGAUCUGCAGAAGGGGAACGCAAGGUCAAGGUUGGAGUUUUGGUUGGCGCUUUGUUCGCUUUCGUAGCCGGCAGUGUACUCCUUUCGAUCGUUCUCUUUAGAGUGCACAAUGCUCAGCGCAGACAACGACUGGCCAAAAGAAGAGCUGAAGAAGCUCAAGCUUCGGCGGUGAGGGAAGGUUUGCUGCCACUUUCAGCUUCACUCGCCAAUAUGACCGCCACUCCUUUCGGAUCGACCUCGGCUAUACAGACUAGGACCGGGGAAAUGUUGAAGCCCGGUGGAGUCGCGAGUCACGAUCUGACCGAUGGAGGCACAUCAAGGACCAGACUCAUUAGAGAGCCGAGCGGCGAAUCGUUGGAAGUGUAG